AUGAAGGAAAACAUUGUGAGGAAACCUGGACUUAUAAUUUCUUAUUGUGGCUGGGCAAAUCCAUUAAUAGUAAAUUGGUUCGAAGAUUACGCCAGGGUCGUCUACACAUUAUUCGCGGACCGCGUCAAAAUAUUUGUGACAGUCAACGAACCUUUUGUCAUCUGCGAAUUGGGGUACAACAAAGGUCAUAUACCUUAUCACCAGGAUCAGGAGAUAGGCCGGUUUCUGUGCAACAAGAACACUAUUUUAGCCCAUGCCAAGGCCUGGAGACUUUACGACGAAGAGUUCAGGCCUUUGUAUCAUGGUGAGACGAAAUACGGAUUGUAUGAAGUGGACUUCACCGAUCCGCAUCGCAAGCGCACGCCACGCAAGUCGGCGCGUUACUACGCAGACCUCAUCAGGAAUAGAUCAUUGUACAUACCGCCAGCACACCAAAUUAAUAGAUUUUAA